AUGGCUACAUACGACACAAAGCUCAUCAAGGCCUCCAGGUUCUUGCAGGAGGUAAUCGACAAAAAGUAUCCCAAUGCGUCCAUCAUCACCAACCUCGAGCGAAAGAUCAUAGGCACAGUCCUCGCUUGCAAACCCCAAACCGAAAAGGAACCCCCAGUAUUCCUCACGAGCAUCGCCAAAAUCAACGCCGAGAGAACCAAUGUCCAAAACGGAAUGGCCGAGGCCUAUAAGCGCCUCAAGGUCGGACACGAGGCGGAUGAGACCAAGAAUCGGAAGCAGCAAGACACGAUUCUUGAGAAGAAUAAGAAGAUCCAGGAGCAAGAGGGGAAGAUUAAGGAACUUGAAUCGAAACCUUGCGAAGAGUGCGUUAACACUCGUGCAAGUGGCCUGUCGGCUGCUCGGAAUGUUAUCCGCAGACAGCAAGAGGUUAUCGAAUUCUUGCAUGAGACUAAUCGGGGACUUGAAGGGGAUCUUGCGAAGCUUGAAAAGUCUCUUCUCAAACAUUGCAGCUCUUGA